AGUGGAAGCAGGAGGUGUGGUUUUCCACAAGUGAAUUCCCAUUCCUGCAGAGCUACAUAUUCAUGAGCGCAUAGCACGUCAGCAAGUGCCAAUUACACACAACACACACACACUCAAAUACAGCAUAAUCUAAAAUAAACUGUUUGGCUUUGCUUAAAAUAAACCGCUCUUGUACACACACACACACAUAGAGCAAGCAGCAGCAGCAGAGUCCGCUCGGAAUGAAGCUGCUUUAUCUUCGAUUGACCACCGUUCUUUUCAUGGACUGUUUCAUCAAUUGCCAUGCUUUCAACCUUGACACGGAUCAUCCGAUCAUCAAAGAAGGAGACGAAGGUAGCCUCUUUGGUUUCUCCGUGGCACUCCACAAGCAAGUGCUGCCCGAGAUCAAAAGCAUAUUGCUGGUGGGGGCCCCUCAGGCGGAAGGUCUUCCUCGACAAGCUGCACGAAGAUCAGGUGGUAUCUACGCCUGUCCCAUCACCCAGCAGCCCGGAGACUGCUCAAGGUUAACAUUUGACGACCAUGUUGACCCAAAGGAAGAGAGCAAAGAGAAUCAAUGGAUGGGAGUGACGGUUCGAAGUCAGGGUCCAGGUGGCAAGGUCCUUGCAUGCGCCCACCGCUACGAGCGGCGCAAAUUCGUGGGCAACUCCGAGGAGAUCCGCAGUCCCGUGGGCCGUUGCUAUGUGCUGGGCCAGGCCCUGGGCCUCGACCAGGACGACCAUUCCGAGGGGGGCGGCUGGCACGCCUGCUCGGACCGCGGCGAGUCGUACGCGCUGUACGGCUUUUGCCAGCAAGGCACUGCAGCGGGCUUCACCCGUGACUACCACUACCUCUACUUCGGGUCACCGGGCGCGCACUACUGGAGAGGUCUCGUGUCCAUGUCACACAAAAACUCAUCGCUCUACGAGAAUGGAAUUUUUGACGAUGGACCCUAUGAAACGGUUUACACCACUAAGUCUGAAAAGGAUCCUGAGCAUAUUAAAGUCCCUUUAAACAGCUACAUGGGCUUCUCCGUGGACGUGGCAAACAACGUGGCGCGGCGUGGUGAGCCGAGUGUGGUGGCGGGCGCGCCGCGAGCCGCCCACAUGGGAGCCGUGCUGCUCCUCGCCGUCAACUACUCGCACAACAGCCUCGUGCCCGAGGUCAUGCUGCGCGGGGAGGGCCUCGCCUCUGCCUACGGAUACGCUGUCUGCCUCGCUGACCUCAAUGGCGACGGGUGGAUGGAUCUCUUAGUUGGAGCUCCAUAUUUCUUUGACCAGAGUAAGAAGAGUGUGGGUGGAGCCGUGUACGUGUACCUGAACGAUAACGGUCGGUACCACCCUGGCCACGGCCACGCUGACAGCAGCUGGGGUGGCAAUGAGCACGGCGGUGGCGAGAGGAAGAAGCGUGUGAGGCUGGAGGGCACCGUAGGAUCUGGCUUUGGGCUGACGAUAGCUGCCAUUGGUGACGUGGACCUUGACGGUUUUCAAGAUGUUGCAGUCGGUGCACCAUUUGAGGAAUCUGGACGAGUGUAUAUCUACAGCGGAGGUCCAAGUGGCGUCAUCACCAAGCCAGCACAGGUCCUCGAUGGAGAGAACUUAGACGUUGGCCUAAAGGGGUUUGGAUACUCCCUAAGUGGCGGCCUGGAUGUGGAUGGAAACCUCUACCCUGACUUGCUCGUGGGGUCGCUCUCUGAUCAAGUCGUCCUCUUCAGAUCCAGGACUGUGAUCACUGCAGAUGUCCACCUCCUGACUGACGGAGACAUUGAUAUGAGCGUGAAGAACUGUGAAAACAGGCAAAGCACUUGCGUGAGGGUGCUGGCAUGUUUCUCAUACUGGGCGCGACCACCUACCUACAGCCCUGCAAUCACGUUGCACUAUUCACUGAAUGCUGAGGAGGACCGGCGACAGCAAGGCCUCAGCUCGCGCGUUCACCUCACCGCCAUCGCCGGCACCGAGACCGGUACCCUCCUUGGGGUGCACGUCCUCUCGGGAAACGUCUCACUGGGCGGCCAGGGCGACACGCGCUGCUUCAACACCACGCUGCGUGUGCACGACCACGUGAAGGACAAGCUGCGGCCCAUCCCGCUGCACCUGCACUACGAGGUGCAGGAGGCUCGGUGGGAAAAAUCAGAGGCCGCCAUGGGGGAACUGCUUCCCACGCUCAACGCCAGCGUGGCCAACCCCUUGCGCACAGAGGUGAACUUCGUGAAGGAGGGUUGCGGAGAGGACAAAGUUUGUCAGAGCGAGCUCAGUUUCAACUUCUCCUUCUGCUCGCACGUCAAGUCAGAAAACUUCACGCAGCUGCACAGCGAGGGCGGCAGGCCACUGUUCCUCGUCGGGCAGCACAAGGGACUGGCCCUGAACGUAAGCUUGCGCAACAUGGGCGACGAUGCCCACGAGACUCACUUGCUGCUCGCACUGCCCUCCGGACUCAGCUAUCGGGGAUACCGCCAGAUCUGGGGCUCUUCCCAGGAUGUACAGCCCCUCUGCCUGCUGAGCAGCAACGCAUCUGUGGUGGACUGUGAGCUUGGGAAUCCACUCAGACGUGGCCACCAGGUGUUGCUGUAUCUCAUCCUGAGCACGGAAGGAGUCACAAAAGACAUGCUGGAGCUGAGCUCUACUCUGCAGCUCACAACCACAAGUGAGCAAGAGGGCCUGGAGCCGGUCAUAGCCAAGGUCAAAGUGCUGCUAGAGAUGGACAUUGUCAUCAUAAGCACUGUGAGGCCCUCCCAGGCGUACUUUGGAGGGGAAAUCCGUGGAGAGUCGGUGAUCUGGUGGGAGGGGGCGGCUGGGAGCCUGGUGGAGUUCAACAUCACGGUGCUCAACUUGGGCCACUCGCUAGAGGGCCUUGGUGGCGCGUACGUAGACAUCCACUUCCCAGUGGAAAUGUCCAAUGGCAAGUGGCUGCUGUACCUCGUCGCGUUGGAGCUGAGUGGUGCCGAGGCCGCUGCCACCGGGGAAGUGCCCCCCACAUGCCAAGGGCCGCAGGUCGAUGAGCUCGUGCUCAAGAGCGUUGCGGGGCGGACUGUGUCGACUCGGGGAGCGUCACAGAAAAAAACUAUUGAGAAGUUUUGGCAUCCGCCUCCCCUCAACGAGAAGGGCUACACCAAACUGGACUGCGGGGAGGGUACGGCGCGGUGCUGGCGGUACCGUUGUCCCUUGGCGGAGCUGACGCCGCCGGGUAAACAGACAUUGGCGCAGGUCAGGCUGCGUGCUCGCCUUUGGAACAGCACCUUUUUGGAGGAAUACCCAAGGGCCCACCAGGUGGAUGUGGUAGCCCGGGUGCACGUGGGGUUUACAAAACCUUUGACAAACCUCGUCAUCAAGGGUGCUAAGCCCGAAGGACAACCGGUGCGCGUCACCGUGCUCACGGAGACACCGGGCCCUGCCCUGGUCACCCUGCCCUGGUGGAUCAUUCUGCUCACCGUGCUGGCCGGACUCCUGCUUCUCGCCCUGCUCAUCCUUCUGCUGUGGAAGUGUGGCUUCUUCAAACGCACGACCGAAAAUAUGCAGUACGAGACCGUUUAUCACCGAGCACACCUCCACUUACAACCAUCAGAGAGGCAAAGGCUAGGCCUGGAGUCCAAGUGACUCUUUUUAGAGGAAGGGGGGGGGUGUUUUAUUAUAUGCAGUAGUCCUUUACUUGCAAUUGUGGGGUGGGUGAUAUUACAUAUAAGAGUUUGCGGAUCACGGAGAUUCCUCCACUUGGCAGCAGGUGAUGUCAGGGUUGUAUUUAUCUCCAGCGUGCUUCCAUGUACAAUGGCCACACAUGUGACAUGGUGCCUUUCUAAUUGGGGAAUUCUAAGCCUGAAAAUAAUUAAUAUAUCAGCAUUCGGGUCCUAUCACGAGGCAGAGGCUUAUCAGCUUCAUCUCUCCUGCAUACCUCCAACGGACAGAGAAACGAGUGUGAAGGCUUGACUUAAAGCUUUCGUGACUGCAGGAAUUCUUGGGUCUUUUGGUAAAGUCACAUAGAUAGGUUCAAAGAAAAUAACAAAAUAAAAAAAACUACUGUUAUUACGUGACUUUACCGAAAGACCCAAUAAUAUGAGUGUAAAGGCUUUCUCCAAUCUAUAGAAUGGACAAGUGACACUGCUGGGGCUCCAUUGCAACAUCUGUACCAUGUCACGAGUGAUUAAUAAUAUAUUUAACAUUAAGAACUUCGCCUGGAAAAUCCAUUCAACUGACACAGUGUAAUCAUCCUGACCCUGUUUCUUCUUCAACCGUGACUGUAAUGAGAGAGUAUAGGCCGACUGAAAAUAAACACUCGGACCGAUAAGAUGAA